AUGCUCUUCAAGAAGCUCACCCAAGAUCGAAACAGCAAGGCUGUCCAAAAAGUGAAUGACGGAGACGAGAGGAAGCUCCGACGGUCGGAUACACUAGACACUUUGGAUGCUGCUUUGUCUUUCUCGGAUAGAUCUACUCCCGACGUUGUGGAUGAUGUAGAAUCGGACGACGGAGGCUCCGUCGCUUUUACUGACAAACCAGACGUCUACGGGCAACUCCACCCAGUCGAGACACCCCAACUCAUCGCUGGCAAGAUUGUGGCGUUUGAUGCCGCCGUCAACAAUCUCCCUCGCAAGAGGCGAGCAGCGCUGAGCCAGGCCGUUGAAGAAUGCCCAGAGCUCCUAACCGAGAAAUUCAAGCUUCAGUUCUUGCGAUGUGACUGUUUCAAUGUCCAACUCGCAGCCAAGCGGUAUGGCAAGUACUGGGAAAGACGGCUAGAAGUCUUUGGCCCCGACAAGGCUUUCCUUCCAUUGACGCCUGAAGGUGCUCUAAAAGACGACGCUGUGGCUCUUUCGGUUGGUCUUCUCACUCUGACCGGAACAAAGGAUUCUUCUGGCAGAAACAUCAUGGUCGCCGAUCCCACCAAACAACAAUUUGACAAGUACUCCACACAGAGUAUGAUUCGGACUGUCUGGUACAUGGUUCACCUCGCAUUGGAGGACGAGGAGACCCAAAAGCAAGGACUUGUCUAUAUUGUCGACUUGUCCAAAGCUUCGCUUUCCUUGCUGGACAAAGAACUUGUUAGGGUUGCCGCCCUCUCCGUUACUGGAUGUAUCCCAGUCCGACUCUCGGGGAUUCACGGACUAUAUCCACCAGCUGUCUUUUGGGUAAUCUACCCUGUCGUCAAAGUGCUUCUGGGUGAACGACUCAGGAAGAGAGCGAAAUUCCACUCUGGAUCCAAAAAGAAAGUACUGGCAGAAUUGGCAAAGUAUGGACUGGACUCCACCAAACUACCAAAGCUGAUUGGAGGAGAGCUGGAAGUGUAG